AUGAAAAUCUUGAUCAUCUUGAUUCUAUCCUCUCUGGCACUCAUGGAACUUUGCAUUGUGGAUGCAUGCCGAUCAUACUGUGGAAACAUAACCAUUGAUUAUCCGUUUGGAAUCCGAAAUGGAUGUGGGCAUCCAGGGUAUAGAGAUCUCUUGUUUUGUAUGAACGAUGUGUUGAUGUUUCACAUAAGUUCAGGUUCUUAUAGAGUUUUGGACAUCGACUACGCAUAUCAGUCCAUAACUCUGCAUGAUCCUCACAUGUCGACCUGCCAAACCAUCGUGCUCGGAGGCAAAGGCAAUGGCUUUGAAGCUGAGGAUUGGAGAGCUCCUUAUUUCAAUCCUACCUCUGAUAAUGUCUUUAUGUUGAUCGGAUGCUCUCCUAAAUCUCCUAUAUUUCAAGGCUUCCCCGAAAAGAAAGUGCCGUGCCGCAACAUAUCAGGAAUGAGCUGCGAAGAAUACAUGUCAUGUCCAGCUUGGGACAUGGUCGGAUACAGACAACCGGGUAUACAUUCCGGAUCAGGACCACCCAUGUGUUGUGCGGUCGGGUUCGAGUCAGUAAAAGCAAUCAAUCUAAGUAAGUUGGAGUGUGAAGGAUACAGUAGUGCCUACAAUCUCGCACCCUUGAAGCUUAGAGGACCAUCCGAUUGGGCUUAUGGUAUACGUGUCAAGUACGAGCUACAAGGAAGUGAUGCGUUUUGUCGUGCGUGUGUUGCAACUUCUGGGACUUGUGGCUAUGAAUCUACUGAUGGUGGAGGACUUAGACAUGUUUGCAUGUGUGACAACCAUAAUUCCACUACGAACUGUGAUUCAGUUAUUACACCAACUGGUUCAUCUUUAAGUGUUAGACCAAAAGCUAUUGGAUCAUUGAUCCUUUACUUCAUAACCAUGAACAUAGGCUUUCAAUGAAGACAAUGAGUCACUGAGUCUUCAAAUUUUACCCAUACAUUUUCAUUUAUUCUCAUUACUAUAUAUUAUGUAACUUUGUAGCUAGCCUUCAUAAAAUGUUAGCUUGAGAAGUAGAUAUAUAAUCUUUGAUUAAGGUACAUGUUCAAGAACUAUCAUAAUGUUUCUU